AUGCCGCUCAACGCCAAAGCCGUCUAUGCGAAAUCGGACCCCGCGUAUGUGCCUUUUGCCAGUCGGCGGAGCACUAUCCACAGCAAAAAUGGCAUUGUAUCAUGCACCCAACCACUAGCCGCGGCAGCGGGCCAUAAGAUUCUGAGCCAGGGUGGAAAUGCAGCGGAUGCAGCCGUUGCCGUUGCGGCCGGCCUGAACAUGACCGAACCUGGAUCGACGGGUAUUGGAGGGGACAUGUUCUGCCUUUUCUACAAUGCCAAAACGAAGAAAGUCCAUGCGUUGAACGGGUCUGGGCGGUAUCCCGGCGAAGCAACCCUAGACAAGGUGCGCAAGGAACUGAACCUCGCCCCUGGCGCAAGUGGCAGUAUUCCCAUGUUGAGCGCGCUGGCGGCCACUACGCCCGGCGCGGCUGCAGGCUGGGUGGACACAGUCGAGAAGUUUGGGAGCGGGAAGUUGUCGAUGCAACAGAUCUUGCAGCCGGCUAUUGAGAUGGGUGAGAGUGGAUUUCCAGUAUCGGAGCUUUCGUCCCACGGGUGGCAAGAGAGCGAGAGCGACAUCCGCAACGCGUCGCCCAACUUCCGUGAGAUGCUCAAGGAUGAUCCCUCCGCCAAGGAUGGCGUCCGCGCUCCCCUUCCAGGGGAGAUCAUGAAGAACCCCAGCCUUGCAAGGACGUUCCGCGCCCUGGCAGCAGAGGGCAAGAAGGGCUUCUACCAGGGCCGAGUGGCGCAGGAGAUCGUCCAGGUGGUUAAGAACGGGGGCGGAUUUAUGACCCUCGAGGACCUGGCAUAUCAUGCCGAGGUCGGCACCCAGGAGACAGAAGCCAUCUCUCUUAAGUUUACCGGCCAGGAUAUUAUCUCUAAGCAGACUCCUGGGACGGAUGGAGAGCCCAACCAGGGCGUGGAGAUUUGGGAGCACCCACCAAACGGGCAAGGUAUUGUUGCAUUGAUGGCGCUUGGAAUUAUGGAGGAACUGGAACGAACGGGUAAAAUCCCUCGUUUUAGUCAAGCUCAGCACAAUUCCGCAGAGUAUCUCCAUGCGGUGAUUGAGAGUCUACGGAUCGCCUUUGCCGAUGCGGCCUGGUGGGUGACUGACCCAGACACCGAGCCAGUGCCGUCGCAAGGUCUGCUGGCGCGCGACUAUCUGGCCGAGCGGGCGAAGCUGUUCUCGCCUGAGCGCGUCGCCGACAUCGUGGAUCACGGGAGCCCUGCCCACAACCACUGCGAUACCGUUUACUUCGCAGUGACCGACUGCGAGGGCAAUGGUAUCUCCUUCAUCAACAGUAACUAUGCUGGCUUUGGUACCUCCAUCAUCCCGGCCGGCUGUGGUUUCACGCUGCAAAACCGCGGUUGCAACUUCUCUCUUGACCCUGGACAUCCCAAUGCAUUGGCACCGCGCAAGCGUCCGUACCACACCAUCAUCCCUGCCCUCAUCACGAACAUUGCCGAUGGAUCCUUGCACUCCGUCUAUGGCGUCAUGGGUGGCUUCAUGCAGCCGCAGGGCCAUGUGCAAGUCUUGUUGAACAUGCUGGCCUUCGGUUAUCACCCCCAGGCUGCGCUGGACUCCCCGCGUAUUUGCAUUGCUGCGCCAACACACGAGAGCAAUGACCGGACCAUCCUCGUGGAGGAGGGAAUCUCGAACGAGGUGGUGGAAGGCUUGCGUCGCCUGGGCCACAAGAUUGAAGUCUUGACUGAAUGGAAGCGGGCGAUGUUUGGUCGCGGUCAGAUCAUCCGUCUACACUAUGAUGACGGGUCGCUGGUGUAUAGCGCUGGCAGCGAUCCUAGAGGGGAUGGUAUGGCAUUCCCUCUCCUGUGA